UUCCCCUCUAUAGGAAACACCCAUCAUUGCCCCCAACAAUCCUUUUCAACCUUAGAAACCUGAGCUUCUAAGAUAUUCCAUUCUUCCAAUUCCUUUCACUUUUCUUCUUUCUUUUUAUUUUUUCCCUCAAAAUUCUCCUUUAUUUUUUUUAUUUUUCCCUUAUGCUUCUUCCACUCUCUCUCUCUCUCUCUCUCAAUUUAAAUAUCUCCUCCCUCUUCACAACCAUCUCUCCCUUCUUCCACCCCUUCAUCACUCCUCCAAUACACUUUUCUAAAUCUUUUUUCUUUUCCAUUUUUUUUCUUAAUUUCCACAAAACUUAAAAAUGGAUCCUUCAUCAACAAACUCAGUGAAUGGAUUCUACUCUUUUCUAACAAGAGGAAUUGAUGAUCUAGAAAGAGUUUUCUUAACAAACAAUUUCAUGUCAAUUCAAUUUCUUCAAAGAACACUUUCUUUACUUCGAUCUUUACAUACCCAAUUAACCCUUUUGGUUCAAAAACUUCAUCUACCAGUUGGUGAUAAAUGGCUUGAUGAAUACAUGGAUGAAAGUUCUAAACUUUGGGAAGCUUGUCAUGUUCUUAAGUCUGGCAUUUCAGGAAUUGAAAAUUAUUACUCUGCUUCUUCAAACAUCACUUCAACUCUUGAUUCUCAUAUUCACAUCACUCCACAAAUCUCUCGCCAGAUUAUAAGAGCAAUAUCAGGAUGUAGAAGAGAAGCUGUUGGAUUAGAAGAAGAGAAUCGUGCUUUAAUGGAAACAAGAAUUCAACCACUUUCAAUACGUUUUGAUGAAAGAGUUUCAAUUGAAUCAAAGCUAAACGGUUUCAAUGGUUUCAGAGGUGUUUUAUAUGCAAUGAGAAACGUGAGUUCGUUGUUAUUAAUGAUUCUGUUAUAUGGAUUAGUUUAUUGUUGGCCAGAAACAUCAUCGGAUUUAGUUUUUGGAGGAUACGAGGAUUAUGAAUAUGAAGGUUGUUUGUUUCUUGGAUCAUCUUUUAUGAUCUCAACAGCAAGAUUACAGCAGAGAGUGGUGGCGGAGAUGGGAAGAAUGAAUGGUGGAGCAGGGAUGUUGUUGCAUGAAUUUAGAAGAUCAAAGGUUGUUAUAGAAGAUCUUAGGAGUGAAUUAGAGAGAAGAGGUUCAAUUAUGGAAUGGGAAAAUGAAGUUGGUAUUAGAGAUAGAGUUGAGAAUUUGAGAGGUUCAUUUGGUGUUCUUAGAUCUGGUGCUGAUAAUAUUGUUGCUCAACUUGAUGAUUUUUUCGAUGAGAUUGUUGAAGGAAGAAAGAAGCUUUUGGAUUUUUGCAGUCAUAGGUGAAUCAAGAAGAAAAAUAAUAAUAAUUCAAGUUAAUUAAUUAGUAAUGGUGGAAGAAAUUGAACUAUUGUUGAAGAAGAACUAAUAGUUUCCUGCAAAGGAAAGAUGAAGAAAAAAAAAAUAGUAGAGAUUAGAGAGUAACAGUUGAUGGGUUGUUGUACCUUUUCUUAACCCUUUUUUUUUCUUUUAUUAAUUAUAAUUAUUUAUCUCUUGUGGUUUUUGUUUUG